AUGGUGAAAGCUGAUUCGGGAAGGCACCAAACACUUCGGGAGACUUUGUCGAGAGCAUGCAGAGGUGAAGUUGGGAUUUCAGAGGGAGCGCACGAACCUCCAAAUAACCCACCUGCCCGACCCUUCAAGCACCUCCUGCCCUUCAUGUGGCAGAGUCUGCAGAUCGCACAUUGGACUUAUUGGCCAUCUCCAGAACCCGUCGAACCAGAGUGGAAGCAGGUCACCCUCGAUCCCAAGGGACUGCCCAAGAAGAAGGAAAAGAAGAUCCAGAGGUCACCUUUCAUUCAUCGAAACUGCGGGGAAUAUGGUCCUAGAGUGUUGAAAGAGGUGGAUGCAUUGGUGUUCAUCUUUCUUAAUUCUAUUGAUUCUGGAGCGGUGCCUGCAGAUUGGAAAGCAGAAAAUGUGACCCUGCUAUUUAAGAAAGGAGGGAAAGCGAGAAAACAGAACUACACACCUAAGCAACCACGAGCCUGGAUAUCAAUGGAGGAGCACAGUGAGCAAACUGUAGCAAACAAGCAGGCCCCCUUAGACUAUGGGGUCCAAAUACGGUUCAUAAAUGACCUCCAAGACACCCAGAAACCCAAGAAAGCCAAGAAGAAUGUGGCCAAGUCGGGUUCCUAUGGAGUUAUGGUCAGAGUGCAGGGGAUUUCAGGCCAGCCUUUCGUGGUAUUGAAUAAUAGCGACGGGGUAUCUGCAGCACCUGGGGCACAAAGUAGAGCUGAUUAUGUCAAAGGCAAUAUCCCGGAAGAGAAUGGCUCCAUAGCUCCUGGUGCCCAGUCGCAGAGUAGGGCAGGCACAAACGUAAUGGAUUUUGAUGUCCCGGAGAAUCCCUACGGAGAGACCACUACAACCCUGAAUCCCGCUCGCAGUGAUUCCCAAUGCAGUACCUCCGAUGAAGAAACUGGUUCCAAACAUUACGUGCGGAUUUUCGACUCCGAGGCCGGCAUGCCGAGCAACAGAAGCGUUGCCUCCUACGGGAGCAGCGAGGGCCACGUGUCGCUGCCUCGCAGGAGGCCCACGCGCCCCGACGAGCAGCUGAGGCCGUGUCACUCUCGGGGAUUGUCACUCAGCUCGGAUGACGAGCCCUUGCCCCGAGGGCCCGACCAAAGCUACCAGCUGCCCGAGAAGAGGGUGAACCGCCAGGCCCCGAGCUCUGCCACGUCGACCAGCAGCGAGCGAUCGGUGGGCAGCGCUCGAGGGAAAAGCCAGGGGCAUUUGGAUGACCGGCACCUGGACAAACCCCGGCCCAACUCUGCCGCGUCCAAUUCCACUGUUCGAUCAAAACCGAUUAGCAAAGCUUCUUCCACCACUGACGUUUCACUGAAGUCUGGCGAAGUCGGCGCAAUAGACACGAAGCCCCUGUCGUCCGUGGACAGCCUUAUUAGCAAAUUUGAUGGGAGUGGAGGGCAACAGAGGGGACGAACGGCGAGACGUAACCGGCUUUCAGCUGAACACCAGAGGCGGUCACGGAGCCUUGAUAGCAGAGCGCCGGGGCGCCACUCUAGCCAUGGACCGGAAUUGGAGAGAGACCUUGAACCGGACGAGUGCUACGAGACGCCCGGCGGCCAGAAACCUUUCCGCUCCAGCGACAUGAUGGACGUCUGUAAGGACGUCAGCGGCGGGAGGGUCCUGGAAACCAGGCCUCCUGUGGCUGCGAAGAUACCUCCCCCUCGAGCCCAGCUCGCACCUCCGUCUUUCAGCGCGGGCAACGGAUAUGCUGCAGGCUUUCAGAGCAAGCCCGCCAAGGAACCAGGACGUUUUCCGACUUUCGAUGCCUCCAGCCUCCCCAGAAAAUGGAACCAGAGCCAAACCAGGAUGGAGCCCAUUGUGGAGAGGAGUUCGAACGCUACAGUCUUCACUGAACGAGCCAUACAGUUAAAAUCUACUCCUGACCUUUUGAAGGACCAGCAAGAACUCUCUCCUGCCAGUGAAGAGCUUACAAAACAGCUACUCUUCAAGAUACUGAAGGAAGGGAGUGUUGAAAGCGACGGUUUCUUGAAGAAGAAAGCGAACCUGGUGUUUGACAAAUUUCAAGGCACGAAGUAUGUUGAAUUACCGUCUGACCUCAGGACUCUUCCUACCCAGAAGAAUGACUUGGAAGAAAAGAUAGCAGAACUCCAGCAUAAACUGGAUGAAGAAUUAAUGAAUCGUCACAAGGGUGAUCGAAGCAAAAUUGAUCUGCAGGAUCUGCAACUCCAGCUGGAGGAGACCCAGGAGGAGCGGUCCCAGCUGCACGCACUAUACCAGAAGAACAGGAAGGAGCUCCAGAAUAACGUGCAAGAGCUGAUGGAAGUGAAGAUGGAGAAGGAGACGGUAGAGGCAGAGAUGAGAGACCUGCAGGACGAAAUGACAGCCAUGCAGAAAGAGCUGAGAAGUAUCAGGAAGUCUGCAGGAGACAGUGGGGACAAAGACAUUUUAUCGGAGCUGGCGAGGACAAAAGAGGAGCUGGACAUGGUGGCAACUGCAAAACAGACCGUGGAGGACAUCCUGAGGCAAAAAGACAGGGAGCUGACGGCUCUGAAAGGGGUCCUGAAGGAAGAGGUGUCCAGCCAUGAUAAAGCGAUGGAAGACCUUACAGCCCAGUACCAGAAAGAUAUGGAACAGCUGAGGAAAAACUUCGAUGAGGUAUCUCAGACUCAACAGAAUGUGGAGUCUGAGAGACAGAAGAUCAACUCAGCAAUGCGGAGCCUGCAGAGACAGCUGGAGGAGAACACUGAAGAGAGCACCCACUGGAGAGAGAUGUUCCAGAAAAACCGGGAGGAGCUACGCAGCACAAAGCAGGAACUGUUACAGAUAAAGCUGGAGAAGGAGGAGUUCGAUGAGGAGCUGCGGGAUUUGCGAGAUCGUUACUCAGUGAUGCAGGAUGAGGUGGACCAUGUGAAACGGACCUCCGUGGACACUACAGAGAUCCAAGCACUUAAAAAAGAGCUGGCUACAGCCAAGAAGGAACUGCAAGAGACAGCCAGUGCCAGUGAGCGCCAGGAAGCCCUCGUACAGCGUAAAGAGCAGGAGUUGAGCGCGCUGAAAGGGACGCUAAGCGAAGAGGCUGCUAGCCACAGCAAAGUACUGGAAAAACUGAAGCAGAGCCAUCAGAAGGAAGUGGAAAUGCUCAAGAGGAGCUGCGACCUUAUGUCAAAGGACAAACUGAACCUGGAAAAUGAAAAGGGAGCGACAGAGCAGGCGAGGAAAGCAGCUGACUCCUCUCUGAAGCAGCUGAAGCAGGAUAAUGACGACCUGAAGCGGAGGGUUUCCCAAAUGGACUUCCAGAUGGGAGAGUACAGGGACAUGAUCGAGGAGCUGAAGUGCUCUGAGUCACGGCUGAGUGACAAGAUGGUCCGGUUGGAGGCGGAGCGGAAACAGAUGGAACAGACUCUGGGAGAAGCCACAGACCAGGAGCAGGAGACAGCCGUCGCCAAGAGAGUGUUAGAAAAUCGCCUGGAGGAAACGCAGCGGAGUCUGAACCGGCUGACCCAAGACUACCAGGAGUUAAGCGAGCGCUUCCAGGACGAGGCGAGGCAGAAAGAUCAGCUGAAGAAGGCGAAGAUCGAGUUGGAGGAGCAGAAGAGGUUGCUGGACAAAACGAUCGAGAAGUUGCAGAAAGAGGUAGACGAGAUCUCGGAGCAGUCUGGGAGCUCCGUGGUCGUGCUGCAGUCCCAGCUGGACGAGUGCCGGGAUAAGUCGCGUCGCGAGUUACUGGAGCAUCAGAGGCAAGGGAAGGAGAGGACCUUGGAGCUGGAAAAGGCCAGCAUGACCAUCAAGAGGCUGCAAGAUGAGGUGGGUCGCUUGAAGCACGAGCUGCAGCAGAGCAACGCGGAGAAGGAGAACGCGCGGCUGGACAGCGAGCUGCUGGGGCAGCGAGUGCAGCACCUGGAGCAGGAGAGGGACUCCAGGAAACGAACGCAAGACGACAAGUCCCGGAUGGCCAAAGCCCUGGAGGAUAAAAUCAAGCACCUGGAGCUCGAGCUGGAGGAAGAGAAUAGCAACGUUGACCUUUUAACCGAGAGAAUCAACAGGAGCAGAGAACAGAUUGAGCAGCUGAGAGGCGAGCUGAUGCAAGAGCGAGCUGCAAGACAGGACCUGGAAUGUGAUAAAAUUUCCUUAGAAAGACAGAAUAAAGAUCUAAAGGCCCGACUGGCAAACUGUGAAGGGAGUAUGAAACCAAACGCUAACAUGUCUCAGCUUGAGUCCCGCAUUAUGGAGCUGGAGGAUCGCUUGCAGUCGGAGGAAAGGGACCGAAGUGUACUGCAAGCAUCUAAUCGCAAACUGGAGAGGAAAGUCAAGGAACUGACCAUUCAGCUCGACGAUGAACGGCAGCGGGUGUCCGAUGAGAAAGACCAGCUAACCUUGCGAGUGAAGGCACUGAAGCGACAAGUGGAUGAGGCAGAGGAGGAAAUUGAACGGCUGGAAACUGCGAGGAAGAAAGGUUUGCGGGAGUUGGAGGAUCUGCAUGAGACCAAUGAACAGCUGCAGAAUCGCGUCAAGUCUUUGGAAAAGGAUAUCCGGCGCAAGAACACACGUGCCAACGUGGGCCUACGGGGGGACGACGACACCGACGACGUGAGCACGGACGACGAUUUCGACAGCACCUACCAACCCUCCUCCAUCGCCUCGAUAUUAACGGAGAGCAACCUGCAGACCAGCUCCUGUUAGACCAGGCCAUUUCGGACGGGUGGAAUUCACCAGGCCAACCGCCCUGUCGUUGCUCUCUUCCUUUAAAGACUGGUCUGUACAGAGGACAAUUUCUGUGUAAAACUGCAUUCCUUGCUGAUUUCGUUCAACCCUCAUCAGUGGGAAGUCAGCAUUCUCCCUUUUGAACAACCUGUCUGUACAGAACUCGUCGUGCCUAUAGAAGCCACUUUUAGCCACAUUUGUAUUUUCCUUACCACACGAGAGCCUAGGAAUACUGCACUUUGUACAGUUCAUAGAGCAAUUCCCUUCUCAUUUCCGUUUCCCACUGGGAGAUGAA